CCCCGUGACCGCUUCAUAAACCCCCCACCCCAUCCCCUCUUCCAAGUCUCCCCACUGCUUCCUUCCUUCCCCGUCCCCAAUCGCAGGGAACGAAGCGGCGAUCUCGGUCAGAUCUUGAUCUUUUUCUGCGAUCCCGGGAGGCGGCACAUCUUUACUCCAUCCCGACCAGUAUAGAGGCAUCAUAAACACAGCGAUGGAGAUAACCCAGAUCCUGUUGUCUGCCCAAUCUCCUGAUGGGCAGAUACGAACUCUCGCUGAAGCAAAUCUUAAGCAGUUUCAGGAACAGAGUCUUCCCCAUUUCUUAGUUUCCCUGUCCGUCGAGCUAUCAAGCGAACAAAAGCCUCCUGAAUCUCGAAGACUUGCUGGUAUUAUUCUUAAGAAUUCUCUAGAUGCAAAGGACACCGUUCGUAAGGAAGAAUUAAUUCAGCGAUGGGUCAGUGUGGAUCCAUCCAUCAAAGCUCAAAUCAAGGAAUCCUUGUUGCGGACGCUUGGAUCAACAGUGUCUGAAGCGCGACACACUUCUUCGCAAGUCAUUGCUAAGGUCGCAUCCAUCGAGAUACCCCGACAUGAAUGGCAGGAGCUUAUUGGCCAGCUGCUAAAUAACAUGACUCGGCUAGAUGCUCCUGCACCUUUGAAGCAAGCAACCCUGGAGGCACUGGGGUAUGUCUGUGAGGAAGUUUCUCCUCAGGAUUUGGAGCAGGCUCAAGUGAAUUCUGUCCUCACUGCUGUUGUGCAGGGCAUGAACCAGGCAGAACAUAGUUCUGAAGUCCGUCUUGCGGCUGUGAAGGCACUCUAUAAUGCUCUGGAUUUUGCUCAGACUAACUUUGAUAACGAGGUAGAGAGGAACUUCAUCAUGAAAGUCAUAUGUGAAACUGCUCUUUCUAAAGAGCUGGAGAUCAGACAAGCAGCAUUUGAGUGUCUUGUUUCUAUAGCCUCUACAUAUUAUGAGUUCCUAGAGCCUUACAUGCAGACCCUCUUUGAUUUGACUGCAAAUGCUGUGAGAGGGGAUGAGGAGCCUGUUGCUCUUCAAGCCAUUGAGUUUUGGAGUUCCAUCUGUGAUGAAGAGAUUCAAAUUCAAGAGGAGUUUGGGGGAGAUGAAGGUGGAAGCUCUUCCCUCCAUUCUAAUUUUGUAGAAAAGGCACUUCCUUUGCUUGUACCAUUGAUGUUAGAAACACUGCUAAAGCAAGAGGAAGAUCAGGACCAGGAUGAUGGUGUUUGGAAUUUGUCUAUGGCUGGUGGGACCUGUCUUGGACUUGUUGCAAGAACUGUUGGUGAUGCAAUUGUGCCCCUUGUGAUGCCCUUUGUGGAGAAUAAUAUAACCAAGGGUGAAUGGCGAAGCCGGGAGGCAGCUACUUUUGCAUUUGGAUCAAUUCUUGAAGGUCCGUCUACUGAGAAGCUUGCACCACUUGUUCAAGCUGGACUCGACUUCUUGCUGAACGCAAUGAAGGACCAAAAUAGUCAUGUCAAGGACACAACUGCUUGGACUCUUGGUAGGAUAUUUGAGAUCCUGCAUUCUGGGACCAGCGAGUAUCCUGUUUUAACUACCACAAACCUUCCACGUAUCAUGUCUGUGCUAUUGGUAAGUAUCAGAGAUUCUCCGAAUGUGGCUGAGAAAGUUUGCGGGGCCAUUUAUUUUCUUGCCCAGGGUUUUGAGGAUGCAGAUUCUAGCUCAUCGAUGCUCACACCUUAUCUUGGUGAUGUUGUUUCAGCUCUCCUUUCUACAGCUGAUCGUACAGACACAAGCAGUGUCAGGCUUCGUUCAUCUGCAUAUGAAACAUUGAACGAGAUAAUUCGAUGUAGCAGUACACCUGAGACCUCAAACAUGAUUGCCCAUCUCCUUGUUGAAAUCAUGAAUAGAUUAAGCAAGACUUUGGAGCUCCAAAUCGCAUCUUCAGAGGACAGGGAAAAGCAAAGUGAUGUGCAAGCCCUGCUAUGUGGCGUCCUGCAAGUGAUAUUACAGAAAUUGAGUAAUUCAGAUGAGACGAAGUCCAUAAUCCUUCAAUCUGCUGAUCAGAUGAUGACCUUAUUUCUGCAAGUUUUUGCUUGCCGCAGUUCAACCGUACAUGAGGAAGCAAUGCUUGCGAUUGGGGCCCUUGCUUAUGGCACAGGUCCUGAAUUUGCAACGUACAUGCAGGAGUUCUAUAAGUAUUUAGAGAUGGGCUUGCAGAACUUUGAGGAAUAUCAGGUCUGCUCAAUUUCGGUUGGUGUUGUUGGUGACAUCUGCCGUGCUUUGGAUGACAAGGUUCUUCCCUAUUGUGAUGGUAUCAUGAGUCAACUUCUAAAGGACCUCUCCAAUCCUGUGCUUCAUCGGUCUGUAAAGCCUCCCAUAUUUUCAUGCUUUGGAGAUAUUGCUCUCGCAAUUGGUGAGCAUUUUGAGAAGUAUGUCCCGUAUGUGAUGCCAAUGCUGCAAGGAGCUGCGGAGCUCUGCUCUCAACUGGAUAUAAAUGAUGAUGAUAUGCAAGAAUAUGGUAAUCAGCUUAGGCGAGGUAUUUUCGAGGCUUACUCUGGUAUACUUCAGGGGUUCAAACGUUCCACGGCAGCUGUGAUGGUUCCUUAUGCAAGCCCUCUUUUGAAGUUCAUAGAAGCUGUUGUCAGGGAUAAGAAUAGGGAUGAAGAGGUAACUAAAGCUGCUGUAGCGGUGAUUGGAGAUCUUGCAGACACCCUUGGCCCAGACACGAAGGUCCUGUUUAAGGAUUGUACUUUUCAUAUGGAUUUAUUGGGAGAGUGUUUUCAAUCAGACAACGAGCAACUGAAGGAAACUGCUACUUGGACUAAAGGAAUGAUCUACCGAGUAUUAGUUUCAUGAGUUGAAUCCAUUUUUCGCAGCCAAACAUUCGCUUUUUAAGAUUAACAGGGUCAAAAGGUUUCCGCUUGGUCUUCAGCAGUGUACCAUAGGUUCUGUUCUCAUGUCAUAUCUGUUUCGUGUUCUCGGCAGUGUUUGUGCCACUUGGGGAUAGAAUAUGAUGGAUGGUCGUGCUUGAACUUGGUUUAUGAUCCACUAGUUUGUGGUCAGAAAACAAGAAUUAUGCUGCAUAAAAUUGCCUGAGAUUUUACGAC